UUUGGCGGGAAACUGCAAUUUCAUUUUAGUCUUGACAGAGACGUGAUUAAAAUCUCUGUUAUUUAUUUUUAUUAUAACCCUAAAAUGAACGUAGAAAGUAUUUCAUCAUUUGCAGAAAACACAAGCUGUAAUAGUGUAUUGAACAAAAAAGAUGAACAUUUUAUCAUAUCGACUUGUCGAAGAAAUACUAAUAUGACGAUGACUCCAAAUCACAACGCUUUAAAGAAUCCAGACGAGUCUACCGAAGAUACUGAUGCUGAAGAGAAAUUGUUGGUGGUGUACUUUCGAUCCGGAAAGAUCGGAGCCGCUUACUACGUUCUUCAAACUGGAGAGCUUUUUAUCUUGGAAGAAAUUGUCGAUCGUCCCCCAGAGUUCCAAAUGUUCUCCAACUUAUUCAGACAAGUUGAACCCUUCAUGAUAUUGUUGGACGGCAAAAACCAAAGUUCCUUUGUACAACUGGUCAAAACCAUCGUUUUCAAAAACGAUGCCAAUGAUUUGGGCAGAUGUAAGCUGGUGUUUUUGUCUGCGAAGGAAUAUAACUACGAAGCCUGCAAACGGCGUAUCCUCAACCUGUCCCUCCCGCGCGAGCCCCCACACUGCACAGAGGAGGAACGCACCCUCUUCCUCCGGACCGUCGUAGAUUUUAGUCAAACACAGACAGUUCACUCACUCGGUGCCUUACUACGGUAUUUGGACCUACAUUGGAGCUCUUUGAAUGUGGGCUUACACAACAACCCGCAAUUUUUAAGUUUGCGUACAAUCUCUUUACGCGACAUAGUAACGAUCGACGACGACACAUACCGCGGCCUGCAGAUCUUCAGUACCAUCUCACAUCCCAGCAAUUUCAAGAGAGGCGUCCAGGGAAGCAACAGGGAAGGGCUUAGCUUGUUUCAUCUGUUUAGUAGGUGCUGCUCGAAGGUGGGACAAAGCAAAAUGAGGGUUCUGAUGCAGCAUCCGAGCAGGGAUAUAGCGGAGUUGCGCCGCCGCCAAGAAGUCGUGGCCUACUUCUUACGAUCACAGAAUGAUCCUUUAAUGAGGAAUAUCUGUUCUGCGCUAAGGUUCAUUAGGAAUGUUAAUGGUAUUUUAGCCAAAGUUAAGGCACUUUCAGCAAAACCGUAUCAAUGGAAAUCUUUGUACAACACGCUGUAUAACGCGGUGCUGAUAUGCGAGAUGUGUGAGAACGCCGGAAAAUCCAGUUCUUUUUUAGAGCAGCUUGCCUCAUGCGAUAAUAAGAAACUUUAUGAGAUGGCCCUAUACAUGAAUCGCAUUAUAGACUUCGAUCAGUCUAAAACUGAAGGAAAGUUCACUGUAAAAUCCGGCGUGGAUCCUGAAUUAGAUCGAAAAAAGCGAACAAUGGCCAGUCUCCACGGGCUCAUGUCGGAAACUGCUAAAGUGGAGUUGGAAAGACUGCCCUCUUUUAUAGAAGAAUGCAGCAUGCUUUACAUGCCGCACUUAGGGUACUUACUCGCCGUGAAAGUUUGGGACGGUAUGGGGGCGAGGGAAGAGCUACCCGGCCUGAAGUUUAUGUUUCAGAACAACGAGUUCGUUCACUACAAAAGUAAGGGUUGCGAAGAACUAGACGUGAUGAUCGGCGACACGUACCCCGAGAUAGUAGCUCAUGAGACCCGCAUCAUGAUGAGGCUGACUGCAGUACUGCUUGAGCACCUCCACACCCUGGCUAGCGUUAUCGAUAACUGUGCAAUGCUAGAUUGUCUCAUAGCAAUAUCGAAAACUAGUAAAGAGUUCGGCUACACCCAGCCCACUCUAGUCGAGACUAAGUCGAUCAGUAUCAAGCAAGGGAAGCACCCCUUACACAUGACCACGUGCGAGGCCUUCGUACCCAACGACUUCGAGAGCAACGAACAAGUUGGCUGCGUUAAAAUCCUGACCGGCCCUAACUCUAGUGGAAAAUCUGUUUAUAUGAAGCAGAUAGGUCUGAUAGUGUAUUUAGCUCACAUCGGUAGCUUCGUGCCGGCUGACUCGGCUGUCAUAGGCAUCGUGAGUCACAUAUUCACAAGGAUGCAGUCAACUGAAUGCAUCGCAGCGCACAUGUCAGCUUUCCUAAUAGAUUUGAGACAGAUGGCUCUGGUUCUACAAGAGUCGACGAGUAGCAGCCUGGUGCUGGUGGACGAGUUCGGCAAAGGCACAGCGCGGCGCGACGGGGCGGCCCUGCUGGCGGCCGCGCUGGGCGCCGUGCUGGCUCGCGCGCGCCGCCCGCACGUGCUGCUCGCCACGCACUUCCUGCAGCUGCACCACUACAUCGCUCCCUCGCCACUACUCACGUUCUUGACAUUCGAUCACGUAAUGCGCGACGGCUCCCCCGUGUUCUUGUACCGCGCGCGGACGGGCGUCGCCGGCGCCGGGCUGGCGCGCCACGCCGCCGCCGGGCUGGGCGCACCCGCGCUGCGCCGCGCCGACCUACUGGCGCGCUGUCUGCAGAACAACGAUCUACCGCCGGCUAAUGAACAGAUAACGUCCAAGCUGAGGAGUCGCGUGGAAAUUGUCAAAAAACUUAUUUUAAAGGACAUUAUUUAAUUACACAUAAUAUACAUCAUAUUUUCUCUAUUUCACAUUUUGAUAUUUUUAAUCUUAGCUAAAUUAACAAUAAUAUAAAAUAUAAAUUAAUAUUUCAGUUUAGUAUUUUUAAAGAUUAAAUACACCAAAUUCAAUUUAUAAAAACACAAGACAUCAAUUUUAUUGAUUCAUUGUUUUCGUUUAUAAGCACUAGAACAUCGUAACCAAAUGGCUGAAAUAAUAAAAUAACGAAUGGAAAAGAAAAAAAAAA